AUGAGACCCAACGGGUCUCUUGACGCUCCCAUCAUUUUGGAUGACGAUGAACCGUCUAGCUAUGUACCUGGUCCCAUAUUACGGCGGCGGAAUCGUCAGACACUUGAACAAGAUGGCAUUGAAGAGGUAUCCCAUGAACGGGAAGCUGCAGCUGAAUGGAAGCUAGCUGCCGCAAAGAGACAAGCAAAACAAAGGAGUGUGAGGAACCUAGGCAACGAUAUGUCUGAGAGAGGUGGCAAUACAAGAGAUAGCAAUCUUGCAAAACAAGCGAGGGAAAAGACGUCGCCUGCAGAGCCUGCCGGCGUUGCUGACCUUGUAAUCAACGAAGAAGCGGCAGCAUUAGGAGGGAUAACGCAACACAAAGCAAGUACUAGAGACGAUCAACUUCCGGCUGAUACAACACAAAAGCCGAUAUCGCAAUCUAAUACGCAUCACGAAGCUGUGCUCCCUCAGCGAGCCAAGCCCCCUGGGCCUGUUCAACAAACCGGUCUGGACCAACCUUUUCUUAUGGAAUCCUCAUAUUUAGCUACCCCAGUGUAUCGCUCACCAUACGGGCCCCAACUGCCAGUCACAAAGCUACCGGAACCAAGCGUGGUACUCUCUGGGUCUGCACAACCUCUUUCCUGGCCGUUGAACAUACUGAAAGCGAGGUCAGAUCGAAGCGCUACGGCACCUGCAAUCGCGGAAACCAACAGACGUGUCAUUGAGCUUACGUACAGCACAAAUUCAGCCCUCGCUACUUCGAGUGACGCGAUUGCGCCCGUUUUGAGCCAUGUUGAACCUCUACCCAUGGAGCCAAUCAGGGAUGUUGCCGAUAAUCACCGUGAACGGACCCUCCUCCCUAAUCGCGUAAACACGGCUUCUGUGCGCGACCACGCAGGACUGGAUGGCGACGACAACAAUAUGGCAAUUCCAGUGACUGCGAAAGCACCCAGCCCGAGCGUGUCAGCAAUUCUGAAACUGCCACGGAACAAAAAAGCCAUCAAAUCAGUGAAACGGAGGAAUGAUGGAUUCUCCAAAGCAAGUCUCCCUGUCAGGUUACCGCAUCACCUUCCGGGUAACGAGAAAGAGACGCCAGAGGUUCUCUCAGAUCGUCCUGAUGCAGGCUUGAGCGACACGAGACUCGCGUCGCCUCUUAUAACGCAUCGAAGCCAGAGCAAAGAUCCACCAGGUGACAUUAACAUUGUCUUCGACACCGAUCCUGUUCAUGUUGAGCAAGAAUCCAUUCAACCUGAGGGACCUGAAGAACGCAACUUAAUUCCAAACCCACCGACGUUACUAUCUCAUCAGGAAACACGGGAAGCUGUACCAGAGCGCGCCCUUAGCACUACCGUUCCGCUGUCUCGUACCGCUAUCCCCACUGUGCAGCGUUCAGUUCAGGGGUAUGUAGAGCCAGGCGAAGCGUCUGGAGUAUUGCCGCCGGAUUCAGAUACUAUACCGGCAAACACAUCCAACGCAGCAUCGUUCGAAGUAAUUCAGAGUGGUAAAGCACAGCCCAAAAACACGGGGGUGCUUGGCAGACGUAGUGACGGUCAAGCAAGCACGGCUCUUCCGUUGCAGGCAAACGUGCUGACCACUACUCGCUCGGCUGUAGAAGAGUGUUUGAAGCGUCAUCUCGCGGAACGACAUGAAGAACACGCAUACCUGGUCUCGGUCAAGAUGUUACGUCAAAGGACUUUCCAAGAGCAGGAGCUUCGCGCUCGAAGCCGCAAGCAGAAGCGUCCACCAAAAUCAACCUUACCACAGAGAUACAUACAAACCACCUCUCCUUUCCAGGACAUGUCUCCGAUACAGGUACCGUUCGACCGGAGCGCCAACACGAAACGUAUGUUAGAUAUGAGUCAGGAAGUUUACGUCAAAGCCAAACCCAAAGACACAGUAACUAAAUCUGGUUUGGCUGCGCCUCCAACAAAAUACAAAAGCGACGCACCUAUGAUACCGCCCUUUAAGGAGUACGUUAGUUUGAGGAACAACAUUCUCGCGGACAAUGAGUCAAAGCUGCUCGCAACACCCUACUUUCAGGACGAGGACUAUACCGGUCGCGAGAUCUUGUUAGAUACGCUUCCAUAUAUCUACGAGAUGACACAUGACGAAAACGGCCCGUUGGACUUUCGCAAGGAACAGUGUCGGUUCUAUAAAGACGCUAUAGAAGUCUUCCUAUCCGAGAUAGGCAUCGCGUGGAAUGACAUUUUGUAUUGGUUGCUAGCACCAGAACGAAAUAUCACCAAGAUCAACGAUUUAGCACCUGGCAGUAAACACUUUGAAGCACAUGUGCUUGAGCGAUCGCGGUACGACAUUGAAGAGUUCGAGCGAGAUGGAGUACCAAAGAGAAACGUACUAUUCAAACGGAAUGACAGGAAAUGGCGGGAGUUUUUGCCCCAGCUCAAAGAGCCUUCUACCAGUGCUCUGAGACUUGCGGCAACAGCUUGUGCAGCGGUUCUUCAAGAAUGCGAGUUUAGCAUUUGGUACCUUGCUCGACAAUCGGAAGCCGUUCAGAAUCACGUAGCGAAGAAGACUGCAUGUGGACAAGCUGCCAGGCAAUCCACUUAUAAGGAGAUAUUGUGUAGAGUUUGCCAUCAACAUAAUUGCUUACUCCAUGGUGAAAUCAGACAAGCACCCGAAGACUCCUGGAAAACGGAUUCUGAGGAUGAGGAUCGCGCCACACAAGCGACUGACGACACCAGUCGACGAGGCUCUGAGACCAAAAGAACUCCCCGCCGCAUUUCGACUUACGGCGGAGAUGAUACUGAAGAUGAGCACGAAGAAGGCCCCUUGCCUGCACACUUUGACAACGAUUCUGAUAUCGAGAGGGUCAUCAACUACAAGUUGCCUGCAAACCCAGACGCCUUUGAUACUUGUCCGAAUUCCGAAAUGAUUGCAUCUAAGGGCGCAAAACCGCCUCCCGGUAAAUUCAAUGCAAACUGGUGGCUACAGCAAGACAUGACACAGCAUUGGGAAAAGCGAAAGCCGUUCUUCCCAUGUAAACACGAAGGCACUUGUGAGGAUGCGAAAUGCCGGUGCUUCCGGGAGGGCAUCAAUUGUGAGAAGACGUGCAAAUGUUCGCGGACAUGCAAUCGACGCUUCCCUGGUUGCAGUUGCACGAUAGGACCUGGAAAACGCCCAUGUUUUACCAUCUCGUGCCUCUGCGCCAAAUUCAACCGAGAGUGCGAUGCAGACCUUUGCGGCGCUUGCGGAGCGUCUGAAGUCCUCGAUCCAGUGAACCGAUACAACGACGACGUGAUUGAACGCAACUGUUGCAAUGUUGCGAUCCAAAGAGGUGUUCCUCGGAAGACGUUGCUGGGCCACUCCGAAGUGCACGGUUUUGGACUCUACAUGGGCGAAGACAUCAAAAGCGGCGAUUACAUUGGCGAAUAUACCGGUGAAGCUAUCUCGGUCAAGGAAGGCGAUCGGCGAGUCACCAUUUACGACUACCAGAAAACGAUGUACCUGUUUCGGUUGAACUCAAAACAAGAAGUCGAUGCCACGUAUAUGGGAAACAAGCUACGCUUUAUCAACAAUGCUGACGAUAAGUACACAAAUUGUAGCCCUAAGAACCUGCUCUGCAACACAGUUUUCCGCAUUGCUCUCUUUGCGACCAGAGAUAUAAAGGCAGGCACCGAGCUCUACUUCAACUAUAAUUAUCCCAAGGAGAAGACUGCGCAGUUCAAACAGCCGAAUGCUAAGGCCGUCGCAGUCAAGCAAACCAAACAAAAAACAAAGAAGAGGCAGUCACUUACCAGCAGUCAGCCCAUCGAGGAUCGCUCACGUGUCCUAGCCGCCACAGCAAAGGCCAGAGAAGUUAAAGCUGCUAAGCGCGCAGCGGCCCAAGCCAUGCUAGAAUCCAGUGAUGCGCAGGCUGCUACGAAAAGGCAUUCUGGAACACUGAAAGCACGGAAGGCAGCGACCGGUGAACCUGGACGCAAGAUAGCGAAGAAAUCCAUGCGUGAAGCACUCAGCAGGAAUGACUCUACAAACACAGACACAGACACUGGCGUAGAUGCGGAAGUAGAAGCAAGCGACCCCGACAUCCCCGCCGUCAUUGAGUCGCAGAGUACUCAGACUAGUCAGUAUGUUCAGGACACUGAAGAAGACAACGACGAAUAUGUCUUGACUACGCAAGAGGAUGACGAAGAGGAAGAUGUAACUGAGCCGGCCUCUGAUGAUGAGCAGGCGGUUGUGCCAGAGAGGAGUGUGGCCACAAGAACUCGUCGUGGGCCUGGCAGACCACGGAAGAGGAUUUCAGACUUGGCGCCGGUGGUUGUGGUGAAGGACAAGAAGACGAAAGCGAAGAUGGGCGGUGCACGACCGGGUGCUGGCAGAAAGAGAAAGCGACCUAUCAUUAUGUUGAAUAAUGAUGAUGAGUAA